AGAGAUGGAAAAAGAGCCUCUUCUCCCUUCUUCCUCUUCAACAUUAAACCAACACAAAUCCAAUUUUAAAAAUCCAAUUUUAAUUAAACCAAAGAGAAAACUUCAUAGGUCCAAAUCUACACCAUCAUCAUCUAUAACCCCAUUUAAUUAUGUUGAAAAUCAUUUAACACCAAUUUCAAAUCCACCCUAUUUUUUGAAAAAUAAUACAAUUUUUAAACAAGUUGUAUUACUUUUAUUUCUUUAUUUGACAAUUGGUGUAUCUAUAUGUUUUUUCUUUAUGGAUCAAUUUAAGUCCAAAAAGACUCAUCCAAUUAUUGAUGCUUUAUAUUUAUGCAUACUUAUAAUGUGUACAAUUGGUUAUAGUGACAUAACACCAAAUAGUACACUUGCAAAAUUAUUUUCCAUCUUAUUAGUCCUUGUUAGUUUAGUAUUUUACCAUAUUUUAGUAUCAAAUUUUGUUAUUUACAUUAUUAAUUCGCGAAAAAAUACUCAUAAAAGUCUAUUCGAUACACGAAAAAGAAAUAGAGUGCUACUAGCAUUGUGUGUUUUUGUGUUAUGUAUUGGAAUUGGAGUUUUUAUAAUGCAUUUUGUUGAGAAAAUUGGAUGGUUUGAUUCAUUUUAUUUUUCAUUUAUGGGAAUUACUAGUGUUGGUUAUGGUGAAAAGGUGUUUGAAUCAAUUUUUGGAAGAAUUUUUGGAUCAAUUUGGUUAGUUAUUUCUAUAAUUAUUGUUGUUAGAGUUUUUAUAUUGUUUGUUGAAGUUAGAGUUGAUGAAAGGCAAAGUAAAGUGGAAAAAUGGGUGAUGGAACAAGACGUGACUGUUGAUCAGUUUCAUGAUGGAUUUAUAAGUAAAUCAGAUUAUAUGAUAUACAAAUUGAAGGAAUUGGGAAAGAUCACAGAAAGAGAUAUAUUGCUGAUUAACAAACAAUUUGAGAGAUUAGACACUGGUAAUUGUGGAAGAAUUACUCUUUCUAAUAUUAUAGAAAGUCAUUACUGAUCGGUAUGAAUUAUGUUGGAAUAUUGAAAUUCUUUCGGCACUAAUCAAGUUUCGUAUUUGAGUCUCUGAGAAUUGAAAAGAAUCACGUUGGAAGUACCUCCUUCAGAAUGGUUCUUGCAAUACGUGAAUUAAGAUUUAAUCGAACCUCAAUAUAAUUAUCAGAUGUUGAUCCAGAAACAAAUGAGUAUUUUUUUAUUGAACAUGAGAGAGGGUUUGGUAUACAUGUAUAAAAAAUAUGUAUAUAGUUUAAUAAAUAUGUUAUAUAGGUUUUGUGUGAUAUUGGUAGAAUGUAAUCUAUCAAUGUAAUUUGAAAUGUUAUUCUGAGUGAA